ACGUCAGUCACGGGCUGGCGGCUGUGGUCCUGUCCUCGUUUCUGUGAGUGUCGGUCCGGAAGACACGAAGAUGGUGCUAGAUCUGGAUUUGUUUCGGGUGGAUAAAGGCGGGGACCCGGCCCUCAUUCGAGAGACGCAGGAGAAGCGCUUCAAAGACCCGAGACUAGUGGACCAGCUGGUGAAGGCAGACAGUGAGUGGCGGCGAUGCAGAUUUCAAGCCGACAACUUGAACAAACUGAAGAACUUAUGCAGCAAGACAAUCGGAGAGAAAAUGAAGAAAAAAGAGCCAGUGGGAGAGGAUGGAUCUGUUCCAGAAAAUGUGUUAAAUUUUGAUGACCUCACUGCAGACACAUUAGCAACCCUGAAAGUCUCACAAAUCAAAAAAGUCCGACUUCUCAUCGAUGAAGCCAUCCUGAAGUGUGAUGCGGAGCGGAUAAAGCUGGAGGCAGAACGCUUUGAGAAUCUCAGAGAGAUCGGGAACCUUCUGCACCCUUCUGUGCCCAUCAGUAAUGAUGAGGAUGCAGAUAACAAAGUAGAGAGGAUUUGGGGCGAUUGUACAGUUAGGAAGAAGUACUCUCAUGUGGACCUCGUGGUGAUGGUGGAUGGCUUUGAAGGCGAAAAGGGGGCCAUCGUGGCUGGUAGUCGGGGGUACUUCCUGAAGGGGGUCCUGGUGUUCCUGGAACAGGCCCUCAUCCAGUAUGCUCUCCGCACUUUGGGAAGCCGGGGCUACACCCCCAUUUACACUCCCUUUUUCAUGAGAAAAGAGGUCAUGCAGGAGGUGGCACAGCUCAGCCAGUUUGAUGAAGAACUUUAUAAGGUAAGUGGCACGGGGCCGAGGAUCAUGAUCAUGAUUGAACAGUUUGUAUAUGCGUCACCCCAUGACAACAAGUCAUGGGAGAUGUUUGAAGAGAUGAUCGCGACUGCAGAAGAGUUCUACCAGUCUUUGGGGAUCCCUUACCACAUUGUGAAUAUUGUCUCAGGCUCUUUGAAUCAUGCUGCUAGUAAAAAGCUGGACCUGGAAGCCUGGUUUCCAGGCUCAGGCGCCUUCCGUGAGUUAGUCUCCUGUUCUAAUUGCACGGAUUAUCAGGCUCGCCGGCUCCGAAUCCGAUACGGACAGACCAAGAAGAUGAUGGACAAGAGAAAGAAUAAUCUCCGUUUAUCUACACAGAACAAAUUGGAGGCAGUAUCUUCCUUCUUUUCGCCCAAGAAGGUGGAGUUUGUCCACAUGCUCAACGCUACGAUGUGUGCCACCACGCGUACCAUCUGCGCCAUCCUGGAGAACUACCAGACUGAGAAAGGCAUCACUGUGCCCGAGAAGUUGAAGGAGUUCAUGCCGCCAGGACUUCAAGAACUGAUCCCCUUUGUGAAGCCUGCACCCAUUGACCAGGAGCCAUCAAAGAAGCAGAAGAAGCAACACGAGGGCAACAUAAAGAAAGCAGCAGCAAGAGAAGUCACCCUGGAAAACCGACUGCAGAACAUGAAGGUUACUGAGGCCUGAGCAUCCCUUCAUCCCAGCCUGCCAGGCCUCCUUUCUGUCAGCUGGGUUCUGAGGCCUGCCCUGGAGCAGGGAGGCCACGCCCCACUCCUCACCCUGCCCCACCUGACUGCACAGCGAAGGGGAACUGUCUUGCCAUGUGCCAGGCAGGCAUGCCUGUCUCCCCACCAAUAACUGAUGAAGCCAUGUAAUAAAGCAUCUCUGGGGAGGGCAGAAGACGUCCUCAUCUUCAACCUGGGCUCCAA